CGCUAAAUUUCAACUAGGAAUCUUUCUCUUCAAUUACUUCAUCUGUGUCGGCAAAGCAAGAGCAGCUUUUAGAAAAUCUCAGAGGGUCCUAUUUACAAAUGAGAUUGAGGGAGAAGGAGAAAGACACCCACCUCUCUUGUCUCCAACAUGUUGUCGACACACAGCGAUCUUCCGCUUUUGCAUAUCAGGAUAUUGCCUCAGAAGUGGACCAUUUGAAGGCUGAAAUAUCAAAUUUUUUGAACAACUCCAAUAAUGACUCGGGCAUGUGGGAAAGGUCCGAAGAUUGUGACAUCACGGCUGACCUCCGACAUAUCGCUGAACAACUACAUCGACUUCAGGAUUUGCUAACCGAGGACUGUUCCUGUGGUUUAAAUGAAGAGAAUACAAUACUGAAGCGUGCAAAUGAAAUUAAUGAAAGGGUGAUUGGUGAGCUUCGUGACAGAAUUAGUAAAUUAGAGGACAAUCUUGUAAAUAAGGAGAAUACUGACCAGCACUACGAAACAGUCGUUGCCGAAAAGGAACAAGAGUUACGGGAAAUAAGAAAUCAAUUAAACAGCUUAGAGAACACGUCGCAGCGUUCAUGUUGCUGUGACCAACUGUCUUUACAAUUGCAACAAGUUCAAGGGUCAUUGAAUGAUAAAACGUUGGAGAUGGUGCAAAUGCAACGGAGGUAUGAAGAACAAAACGUGACUAUCUGCCAACUAAGACAGGAGCUUGACCAAACAAAAACCAUUAAGGAAGAGGAAGUAAGCAAGCUGAGAUGUGAGGUGUCGUCAUGGCGGUCGCAGCAAGAAAUUGGUUCGAUGCGUUUGGGACAGUUACAAAAGGACUUACAACGCUCACAGCAUCGGUACAGACAUCUGGCUGAUCAUUACAAGGAAAUAUCCAGCUUUGCUCAAGAACUUCAAACUCAGUUAAAAGAAGCACAUACCCGCGGAGCCAAGCUGUGUGGAGAAGCAAGACAUCUUGUUUGCGCCGUCAGACAUAGCCUAAAGAGACAGAGGAACAGACAAAGAGAACAGAAUCAAAGGAUAAAAGAACAGGAGACAAUAAUUCAGGCUCUUCAGGAUUCAGAUACGGAGAGCGCUCUAUUAACUGAACCAUGUUGUUCCAAAUACUUAUCAAGUGCUACCAGUUUUAAAGGGGAUAGAAAUAGAAGUGUAAGUGAGACAGCCUCACCGCCAACACCACCGCGACGGCUACAGAAUAAGAAAUCGGCAGAAGAAUGCCACUGGCUCCAUCCCAACAUACGAACUAAGGGAGUACAACAGCCAACGCGUAGUUCCUGUGGGACAGGCACAGAUACACAACGCCCUGUUCGAGUGUGUAGCUUACGGAACAAUGGCGAGUUGUCCCCAACUGAAGAGUUACUAGAGCGAGUGGAACGCGCACAUGAAGCUUUAUCGCAGGCGCAACGACGGUGGUGCCACCGGGGACCAAAAUGACCAAUACAGGCAAACCUUAAUAAUUUCUAUGCAACCCAGCACAUCAUUGAUGUGUAUUAGAUGUUUUUAGGUCUUGCUACCUUUCCAGUGAGCAAAAUGUUUGCCUAAAUUGUGAUGAGGGAAUGUAAGACUAACCCCUUCCAGAAAGUACAUAUGUACGAACUAUGAGGAUUACUGAUAUUGAAAAUCUGAUAUAUUUGACCUUUGACCAAAUUUUGAUAUUUUUUAUUUCAUGAAGUUUUUAAGCAUACGUUUAAAAAAUUUGUAACUAUGUAAAAGUGAGGGUAUUUGCAUAAUACGGGUCUAAAGUGUAUUUAAUAUAGGUGAAUUUAUU